AUGAUUUCAGCACCGAACAGCUGGCGGAGGAAGACGUCCGACAACGACCAUCUCAACCUGCCAGAUUACGAAUCAAACCCAAUCUCCCAUUAUUUUGGAGGCUCUUGUUCCUGGUAUCGGCUGCCAAUCCAUGUUGUCGAUGCAAUCAUACUGGGGUAUUGGCGAAGCGCAUACAACUUUUGGGAGAUGAGCAAUAACACAGGACGAGUACGCCCUUCCCAAGCCGUUGCCUCCAAGUCUGGACCAACACCCUUCUCAGCUAGGCAGCCAACCCUUGCCGUACCAUCCUCUAAAUCUCCUUCCGCUUCUCGUUCACCUUCACAGGCUCGCCAAUUGGGCAAGUCCAUUGCAUCAGCCAGUCAAACCAAUGGAUCCAACGAUAAAGCUACAGCGGCUCUGAUCCGCCGCGUUCUCUGCCCUCAGUCUGGUAGCCAUGGGUCAGAACAGCGCGAGCGGGGAACCCCUCGACCACUAGAAGAGUUGCUUCCUCCCCUUACGAGUUCGAACGAAGUGGAUCUACAGCUUUAUGCUCUUAUUGCAAUCAUAAUUAAAGAAUUCGUUUAUGCCUGGUACUCAAAAAUUACCCCAGACCACACGUUUACCGAUGAAGUUAUACAAAUUAUCGCCCACUGCACUCGUGCGCUCGAGCAAAGGCUCCGGCAAGUAGAUGUGGAUGCUUUGGUCUUGGAUGAGAUUCCUGCGCUGAUUGAAGCACAUAUUGUUGCGUACCGCACCGCCCGCCAAAGCCCACAUUUAAACCGCUCUACGUCCUAUCUUCAUACAGUCUACCAUACUUUGAACCCACAUCCAGCGCUUUCCCCUGUCCCUGAGGUCUCCGACGGUGUGACGAUCGCGGAGCAACAGAAACGAGAGACGGCGUACCGCCAAUUACUUGCCCAGGGUGUUUUGGCUGUGCUUCUCCCAACCGAGGAUUUGGAGAAUGUUUACUUGAGGACAUUGGUUGGUGAUAUUUUGGCGGAUAUGAUCUUGGGCGAGCUUGUCGGUGAUAAAGCGAGCGAGGGUCCAUUUAUCUGGGAGAUUCUCACACGGCUCAUCACCGUGAUAAAACAAGACGGCCAUAAAGACGAGGAGGCGGAGCACGGUCAAAAAAGCCGACUGGAGAGGUUUGGAUUGUUUGUCCCCAGAGAGGACUCUGGCCGCAGCGAUUCGUCUGGUGCAAACCAAUCAAAUUUAUCAAUGCUGCUGUGGAGAAUACUGCAAUAUUGCUAUCUGACAUUUAUGACUAUUCGAUUUGUAUUGGUUGGACUUUUUCGAGUAGCGUCACCGUCGCUUCCCGUGUCUUCACAUAGACUACCAUCUACCUUUUCAUCAACUCCCGCCAAUCCUACGUGUGAACCUCAACCCUGGUCUCGCAAUGGUAGCCCCCGUCGACCCGUUCUCAAAUAUAGAAUGUUUGGCAUGGUUUCGCAAUUACUCGAUGUGCCUGGACGAAUGCCAUGGCUCGGCGGCGUCCUUGCUCUCGUCCAGCAUGCGAUGGUCGAAGGGCCAGGAAAGUUUGGAGAUACGGGACAGAUAGUUGACAGGUUCCUGCACGAGACAAUCCAGAAGCGUCUAUUUACCCCCACAUUACUUCCCGUUCUCCUACUCGCGAUUCGAACAACUCUAUUUCCCUUCAAUACUAAACCCAGUCAGAAUGCCAACAUUUCUACUCUUAGCUCCUCAACAGGCUCCAUGGUGCCUCAGGCUGAAGUGGGGAUUAACAGUGACUCGGUUGGUAAUAAUGGUAGGAUGGGAUGGACUUUCUCGCUUACACCUUCACAACCCUCAGCACAAUUGCCCGUAACUCUCCAAACCUGGUCGGAAUCGCAAGCCUUGUCGAAGACUCAAGAAAAUAUGAUCAAAAGAGCAUGCGCUGCUAGCAUACUGUCGCUAAUCCCGCGUAGAGUGGCAUUGACGGUAUUCUGUAUUCCAACCCUCCAUGCGAAGAAUCCGGGAAAUAAAACCUUAAAUUUAGAAUCUCCAAAAAUCACCAGUCCAACUAUCCACAGCGGGAGCAGGGAACCAAAAGCCGUUACCGGUUAUGAGGCCCAGCAGAGUUCAUCGAGCAGCCAGAGGUAUACAGCUCCUAAUCCGCGCGAGUCGGGUGCCAAUUUUCCUGCAUCUCAACCCACUUCUUCUCCUACAAUAACAAACAUUCAAUCUACGGUUACGAAUAGAAAGAGUAAGAAUAGCGCCGGUGCCGCCCCUAUACAAACAACAGUGUUGCCUUCAUCUGGAUAUGAAGCAAAUGCCGGGGCCGAUGAUGAGGAUGACAACGAAGAAACCAACGAACAAGAAGCCCUCCUCUUAGCCAUUGAACAUGAUUUCUUGGACAUAUUUGCAGAUAAAUAUUGUAACAAACACCUCAUGUACUCCAUCGUCGAGACGGUCCUCGUUAAGCUCCUACCUGAAAUCUCCGAGCAUGGCAUCGCCGAAUUAAUGGCUGAACGAGGCGUCUAA